AAGGGCAAUGACGUGGAGAGCGCUCGAGUGAAUCACAACUUCACGCCGGAGGAGCGAGCCAAAUUAUCCCACGUGGAGUCCAUCGACUACCUGGCGCCCAAUAGCGCAACAUACCGCAAGUGGCUGGCUAGGCAGGCGACCCCCCACCGCCGCAACUGGGACCGGUGGGUGAUGAUGGGGUCCAUCGGAGUGGCCACUGGGCUGGUGGCUCACCUGCUGGAUACGAUGAUCGGGGUGCUGGCGGGGUUCAAGUACGGCGUCACCCGGUGGCUGCUGCUGCACACCAAUGUAGCGGUGGCCUGGCUGUUUAACGUGGUAGUCAGUGUGGCCCUGGUGGCGGCUAGCAGUGCCGCGGUGAUUGGCUGGGCACCCGAGUCCCAGGGGAGUGGGGUGCCGGAGGUGAUGGCUUACCUGAACGGCUGCAUGCUGCCCAAGCUGUUCAAUAUAGCCACGCUGGUGGUGAAGUUCGUGUCCUGCGGCCUGGUGGUGGCCAGUGGUCUGCCGGUGGGGCCCGAGGGACCGCUUCUGCACAUCGGGGCGGCCAUUGGGGCGGCGCUCAGUCAGGGCCAUUCGACCACACUCGGGUUCAAUACGAACAUGUUCAGGAGGUUCCGGAACCCCAAGGACAAACGCGACUUUGUGACAGCGGGGGUCAGUGUGGGAGUGGCGGCGGCCUUCAAUGCACCCAUCGGUGGUUUGCUGUUUGCAUUUGAGGAGGUGGCUUCCUUCUGGCAGCAGCGACUGGGGUGGCAGGUGUUUUACGCCUGCAUGUGCGCCACCCUGACCCUCAACCUGAGCAGAUCCGUGGGCAAGGCCUUGCAGGGGAAGGGCACAUUUGGCUGGUUCGACAAGGAAGUGGCGUUUGAGCAAAUCGGCAUGUCGUUCUCCAGUCACGUGCUGGCGGUCGUCCCCGCAGCGGCUAUUGGGCUGUUGUCCGGUCUGAUGGCCAUUGCGUUCACCAUCGCAAACAUCAAGGUGACUCGGCUUCGCUCCAUGCUGACUGGUCACCUGCGCUGGAAGCGGGCUAUAGAGCCUUGUGUGCUGGCUGCCAUGUACAUCACUGGCUGCAUGGUUCUGCCGCUGUUCUUCCCCUGCACCUCCACCGAGUGCGUCAUUGACGAUCUCGCAACGCUGCUGUUCAGCACCGGGGAGGAGGGCAUUAAGCACCUGCUGGCCCGCGGCACACACCGCCGUUUCGGCUACCGCGCCCUGAUUGUGAUGGGCGCCUACUACUUUGUAUUUGCGGUGCUGGUGGCGGGAAGUGCCGUGUCCUCCGGGCUGUUCGUGCCCAUGCUCAUGAUCGGGGCGGUGCUGGGGCGGGUGUGUGGACUGGCCACGGUGGACAUUGCUCAGGCGCUGGGGAAGAGAUGGUCCGUGGGUGAGACAAGGGGGACGCGGAGAGAGGGGGGAGCGGAAUGCGGGGACGGAUAUUGGGGAUAA